GGCCAGUUGAGAUCAGAAAAAGGGCGCCAUAGCUGCUCGUCCUUCUCUUUUCCUAAGCGAGACGUCUUUAGCUCUGGUCGUUUACAUUUUCGGUUUUUGGGGGGGCCAAUAUGGCGACGAGGGUGACUACUGAGGUCGGCCAUGAUGAAGUGAUGAUAGUGACCAUGCACAACCCGCCAGUGAACGCCUUGGCACCUGCAGUGCUAAAAGGCCUGAAAGAAGCUUUUGAUGAAGCGCACCACCGCAAGGACGUCAAGGCCAUCGUAGUCACAGGAGCCAACGGCAGGUUCUCUGGCGGCUUUGACAUCAGUGCUAUCGUGCAGCAGCAGGAGAGAGGUGAAAUUGCCUCGCUCGGCGACGUCUCAACGGACCUAAUGAUCAAGACUGUCGAGUCUGGGCCGAAGCCUGCUGUGGCUGCGAUUGAGGGGCUUGCAUUGGGUGGAGGCCUCGAGCUAGCAAUGUCUUGUCAUGCACGCCUUUCAGCCCCUAAGGCACAACUUGGACUGCCGGAAUUGACCCUUGGCAUCAUCCCUGGUUUUGGAGGAACACAGCGCCUGCCUCGGCUUACUGGUCUGGCGAAAGCAGUAGAAAUGAUGCUGCUGUCCAAGCCAAUCAAGGCCGAAGAGGGCAAAGAGCUGGGCCUGAUCGAUGAGAUUGUCCCUCUCAAUCAGCUACUCAGUGCUGCGAGGAAGGUCGCUCUCGAUCUCGCCAGUGGGCGAAGACCUCUCGUCAAAUCGCUCGAAAGAAGUGACAAGAUAGAAGAGCUGGAUGAUGCCCUCGAAAUCAUCAAGUUUGCAAGAAAGCAGGCCCGUGCAACCGCCCCCAAUGUCAAUCAUCCGCAAGCCUGCCUGGAUGCAGUGGAGGCUGGGGUUCGGCACGGGGGUUACGAGGGGAACAGGAAGGAGGCAGAGGUGUUCAAGGAGCUCGUGCUGUCGGAUACAUCGAAGGCGCUCACUCACGUCUUCUUUGCCCAGCGGGCUACGACCAAGGUCGCGGGUGUCACCGACAAAGGGCUGAAGCCGCGCCCGAUUCGCUCAGUCGCCAUCAUCGGCGGUGGUCUCAUGGGUUCAGGCAUUGCAACGGCUCUCGUGCUUGCCGGCAUCCCCGUGCUCCUUAAGGAGGUCAACCAGGACUUCCUGCAAGCCGGCGUAGACAGGAUUGCAGCGAAUCUGAAGAGCCGCGUCAAGAAGGGCAGCAUGACCGAGGACAAGUACAACAAGACCAUGCAGCUGGUCAAGCCCACGCUUGAGUACAAGGACUUCAACGGGGUCGACGCCGUCAUUGAGGCGGUCAUUGAGGACAUUGGUCUGAAGCAGAACAUCUUCGCCGACCUCGAGAAGUAUUGCUCCCCUCAAGCGCUGCUAGCGACCAACACUUCCACCAUCGACAUCAACCUCGUGGGAAAGAAGACCAACGCACAGGACCGGAUCAUUGGGGCCCACUUCUUCAGCCCCGCUCACGUCAUGCCCCUGCUGGAGAUCGUACGCACCGACCGAACGUCCAACCAGGCGAUCGUGGACCUUUUGACCCUCGGCAAGACCAUUAAGAAGACGCCGGUUGUGGUUGGGAACUGCACCGGGUUUGCUGUUAACCGGGUCUUCUUCCCAUACACCAUGGCCGCCAGCCUGCUCGUUGACCUCGGCGUGGACCCCUACCGGAUCGACAAGGUCAUCAAGAGCUUUGGCAUGCCCAUGGGACCCUUCAGGCUCGCCGACUUGGUCGGCAUGCAAGUCGCAUACCUCACCGGGAAGCAGUACCUGGCCGAGUGGCCUGACCGAACGUACGGGUCGAAGAUGAUCCAACUGCUGUUCGACGACAAACGCUUCGGGGAGCGCACGAAGAAGGGCUUCUACGUCUACGACGACAAGCGCAAGAACAAGCCGGACCCGGAGCUGCAGAAGUACGUCGAGCAAUCUCGGAAGGCGGCGGGUAUCAUGCCCGAAGGCAGGCCGCUUCAAGUAUCCGACCAAGAGAUUGUGGAGAUGAUCUUCUUUCCGGUUGUCAACGAGGCCUCGCGGGUGCUUCAAGAGCAGAUUGUGCAGAGCGGUGGCGACUUGGACAUUGCGUCGGUGCUCUCCAUGGGCUUUCCCCCGUACAGAGGCGGAGUCGUCUGGUGGGGCGACUCCAUCGGCGUCAAGUACGUGCACGAGAAGCUGAGCAAGUGGAGCCAGCUCUACGGCGGGUUCUUCAAGCCCAGCGCGUUCCUCGCCGAGCGAGCUUCAAAGGGCGUCAAGUUGGCCGCUCCCUUGGAGGACAGUCCCAGGUCGCGGUUGUAAUUGAGGGCUCCAUGAUGACUCGGAUCUCAAACCAGUGCUAAACCCGACUUGGUAAGCAUCUGUAGUUCAGGUACAAAAGAAGGAAAAGUUUGAAGCACGCAGACAUAGCCGGAAACAGAAGCAUUGUAUACGAAAACAUUCACUUUGAGAAAACUUACGUUUUGUCCCCUCUAAAAUAUAAAGAAUACACUAACUGAUACCUAUACAGACGCAGAAGGUUGCUUUCAUCGCAGUUCGGAUCGAGGACUUUGAUGAUUUCAUCACAUAGAGCUAGCGCACUCAGUUCAUCCCGAAGCAAUCAUGACGAGAUUGUCCAUCGAUUGCUGUGUAUCGUUUGAUACACAU